CUCACAAUGGCGAUAUCCUUGAUUUGGAUCUACUUUCCUCAAAGGACAACUGCUGCAGAUCCGCCUUUUGUAGCUCCAUUUAACUUCCCCCCUGGCUUAAAAGAAGGUGAACAAGGUAGUGUUACAUGCACAAUAAGAUCGGGAGAUCGGCCUGUAGAAUUUAAAUGGCUGAAAGAUGAUAAAGAGAUGACCGAAUCUUCUUCAGUUAGAAUACAAUCACCUGGAGAUUAUUCUAUUUUGCUUAUACAGUCAGUCGUCCCUGAAAGUUCAAGAAACUACACAUGUAUUGUUAGAAAUGCUUACGGGAGCGAUCGCUUCACAGCAACUCUGACAGUUUCAGCUCCACCGGUUUGGGUGAAGGAACCGAGGGACAUUUUGGCCCAAGAAGGAGAUAGCAUCUCUUUCGAUUGUUUAGCCGAAGGAGAACCUAAACCCUCUGUUAAGUGGUUCAGAGGCGCAGAAAAAUCAGAAAUAGUUUCAGACAAUGUAAUUGGAAUGAGUAUUUCAUCUUCAGGAUCUUUGGUUGUUUCAAAAGUGGUAUAUUCCAUGCAAGACUCUUAUACUUGUGUAGCAGAUAAUGGUCUGGGGAAACCUCUUUCACAAACUGUUAGUCUUUCAGUACGGGGAUAUGAUUUUGGAGAUGCUCCAGUUGUUGCUCCUUUUGUGUUCCCGCCUGCCUUUAAAAAAGGAGAAAGAGGCAGUGUGAUUUGUACAAUAAGAUCUGGAGACAGACCUGUAGAAUUUAAUUGGAGAAAGGAUGGAAACACACUGUCGCCGUCAUCAAGUGUAGAUAUUCAACUAAUAAAGGAUUCAUCUAUUUUAGUUAUCGAAUCUGUUACAUCAAAAAGUUCUGGGAAUUACACUUGUGUUGUUUCAAAUGCUUUUGGAAAAGAUCAAUUUACUGCAACUCUUAUUGUUACUGCUCCUCCUCAAUGGAUAAAAGAACCGAUGAAUACCAUUUCUCAAGAAGGUGAAAAUGUUAUAAUAGAUUGUGAAGCAUCCGGUGUUCCCCCUCCUGCAAUAAAAUGGAUAUCAAGCAAUACAAAAGAACAAGUUUCUAAAGAUGCAUCAUCAGCUGUAAGAAUCUCUGAAGCAGGAUCUUUGAUCAUUAACAGAGUUGAAGCAUCUAUGCAUGGCUCUUAUGCUUGUGAAGCAGACAAUGGAUUUGGUGAGCCUUUAAGAAAAGAAAUUCUAAUCUCUGUUAGGGAUCCUCCUGUUGUUGCUCCUUUUAUAUUUCCCCCCGCUUUAAAAGAAGGUGAAAGAGGCAGUGCCACUUGUACUAUUAGAUCAGGUGAAAGACCCGUUCAAUUUCAAUGGAAAAAAGAUGGCGAAAUUCUCAACGAAAAUUCUAACUUAGAUAUUCAACUCAUGAAAGACUCAUCAUUUCUCAUUAUAGAGUCUGUUACAUCUAGAAGUUCGGGAAAUUAUACAUGUAUCGUUUCUAAUAAUUAUGGCCGAGAUGAGUAUACCGCAAGCUUAACCGUUACAGCUCCUCCAGAGUGGUUAAAAGAACCAUUAGAUACUGUAGUACAAGAGGGAGAAAGUGUUACUAUAGAGUGUCAAGGAUCUGGAGUCCCCUUACCUACAAUAAAAUGGACAACAGUUAAGUUGCUUGACUUGAAACAAAUAGAAACUAUUAUUAUUCAUGCAAUUGAAUUGGUCAUAUAUAUUAUAGGAGAUAACAAUGCUGUUAUAUCGAAUGAUCCUUCAUCUCCGAUUCGAGUAUCCUCAACUGGCUCUUUGAUCAUCAAUAAAGUGGAAGCAACCAUGAAAGGAACUUAUACUUGUGAAGCAGAAAAUGGAUUUGGUAUUCCUUUAAAAAAAGCAAUUCUUAUUGCAGUACGCGUAUAUGGCAGUAUAAUUUUGGUAUCUUACAGAUUUAUGUUUGGUGUUUUCAAUUUCUGCGAUGGCUUUGACUUAAAGCCAGAAAUAGAAUACGGCGUGAAAAUGUAA